GGGCGGCGGAGCCUCGGGCUGCGCUCGCCGGGAACAAAAGGCAGCUGCUGCCCGCGCACAGCGCCGUGGCCCGGGCUCCCCGGCACCAUGGCCGGCUGCGAGCCCCGCCGCGCCCGGGCACUGCUGCUGCUGCUCGCCCUCUGCAGCCUGAGCGCUGCCCAGCCCCGCCAGCGCCAGGGUUAUUUGAUUGCAGCACCUUCUGUUUUUCGCUCUGGGGUGGAGGAAGCCAUAAGUGUGACCAUCUUCAACUCUGUCAAGGAGACCACAGUGCAGAUCCAGCUGGUGGUCAAAGGAGAGACGGUGUCACGGGGCCACGGAACAGUCCUGGAUAAAGGAACAAUUAAGCUGAAGGUGCCUUCAGGGCUUCGUGGACAAGCACACCUGAAGGUUUGGGGCAACAGGCACCUGGCAGAGGAAGGUUACAUUUUCCACAACUACACCACAGUCACCAUCGACAGCAAGGGCUCCUCAGUGUUCAUCCAGACUGACAAACCUGUCUACAAACCCAAGCAGAAAGUGUUGAUAAACCUCUUUAUGGUGACUUCUGACCUGAGGCCAGUCAACGACAGGAUUGAAGCUUAUGUGGUGGAUCCUCGGGGGUCUCGGAUGAUAGAAUGGAAUAACUUGAAGCCAUUUUGUUGUGGCAUUGUCAAUAUGACUUUUCCUCUGUCUGAUCAGCCAGUGUUUGGGGAAUGGCUCAUCUUUGCUGAGAUGCAGGGGCACACUUACAACAAAUCCUUUGAGGUGCAGAAAUACGUGUUGCCAAAGUUUGAGUUGCUGAUUGACCCUCCUCGCUACAUUCGUGACCUUUCACUGUGUGAAAAAGGAACUGUCCAUGCCAGAUACACAUUUGGAAAACCAGUGACAGGGAAGUUAAUUGUCAAUAUGACCAUAAAUGGUGUUGGAUACUACAGACAUGAAGUGGGACACCCUGUCCUCAAGACCACCCAGAUCGAUGGCUCUGCCGUGUUUGAUGUGUGUGUCAAGGACAUGAUGCCAGCAGAUGUCCCAGAGCACUUCCGAGGCACAGUCAACAUCUGGGCCACGGUGAUCAGCUCUGAUGGCAGCAAGCAGGUGACCUUUGAUGACUCCACACCUGUCCAGAAACAGCUGAUUGAUAUCAAGUACUCCAAGGACACCAGAAAACAGUUCAAACCUGGGCUGCCUUACAAAGGCAAGGUAGAAGUCACUUACCCCGAUGGAAGCCCAGCUGACAGAAUCACCAUCCGAGUUAAAGCUGAGCUCACACCAAAGGACAAUGUUUAUACAAGUGAACUGGUCUCAAGGAAUGGCCUGGUGGAGUUUGAAAUCCCCUCCAUCCCCACAGCUGCCCAAUAUGUCUGGCUGGAGACCAAAGUGACAGCAAUUGAUGGGAAACCCUCUGGGGAUCAAUAUCUGCCCAACUACUUGUCCAUCAGCAGCUGGUACUCACCCAGCAAAUGUCACAUCCAGCUCCAGGCACCAGACAAACCUUUCCAGGUGGGAGAGGAGGCCUGGAUUGCAGUCAAGUCCACAUGUCCUUGCAACUUCACUCUCCAUUACGAAGUGGCGUCACGAGGGAACAUUGUCCUGUCGGGGCUGCAGCCCAGCAAUGUCACCCAGCAGAGGAGCAAAAGAGCCACCUCAGCCUUUGAGAAGAACAUUGACCUCACACGCUUCCCAGGAACAGCUCCUGUUUCAGCACCUCCCAGCACACCUGCAGCAGAGGUGGAGGUGUGUGUGACCUUCCUGAGGUUCUCAGUCGUUCACUCCAUGGCUCCCCUGGGCCGGCUGCUCGUGUACUACGUCAGGGAGAACGGAGAGGGGGUCACAGACAGCCUGCAGUUCACUGUCAACUCCUCCUUUGAGAACCAGGUUGCCGUGGCGCUCUCGGCCAACGAGACCAGGCCUGGUGAUGUGGUGAACAUCAAGGUCAGAGCUGCAAAAGGAAGCUGUGUCUGCCUUGCCACGGUGGACAAGAGUGUCUACCUGCUCAAGACAGGCUUCCAGCUGACAGCCAGCCAGGUGUUCCAGGAGCUUGCAGAGUAUGAUGUGUCUGAUGCUUUUGGAGCUCCAAAGGAAGAGGGGCACUUCUGGUGGCCAGGCAUGUCCUCACGGAGACGCCGCAGAUCCUCCGUGUUCCCCUGGCACUGGGACAUCACCAAGGACGCGCGCUUCGCCUUUACAGAAACUGGCUUGGUGGUGAUGACUGACAUAGUCAGCCUGAACCACAGGCAGAAUGGAGGGAUGUACACAGAUGAGGCUGUCCCAGCCUUCCAGCCACACACUGGCACCUUGGUGGCCACCAUGCAUUCCAAAAUAGCACCAAGCAGAGCAGAGAAGAGGAAAAGAACCUUCUUCCCUGAGACGUGGAUUUGGCACUGCUUCAAUGUCAGUAACAGCUCAGGGGAAGCCCAGCUGCGAGUGGAGGUGCCCGACUCCAUCACCACGUGGAUCACGGAGGCCGUGGCUCUGUCUGAGGAGAAGGGGCUGGGCAUUGCCAGCCAGACAGAGCUGAAAACAUUCAAACCUUUUUUCAUCGACUUCACACUGCCCUACCACGUCAUCAGGGGCGAGCAGACCAAGAUCCCCCUCACUGUCUACAAUUACCUGGCCGUGUGUGCAGAGGUCCAUGUGAAGAUUUCUGUCCCAAAAGGUAUAAAGUUUGUUGGGCACCCUGGGAAGCACCACCUGACCAGGAAGAAGUGUGUGGCCCCUGGAGAAGCCAAACCCACCUCCAUCGUUCUGUCCUUCAGUGAGCUGGGCCUGAGCAACAUCACUGCAAAAGCUUUUGCCUAUGGUGGGACCAACUGCUGUCAGGAGGGGAUGCAGACCCUGAAGAACAGCAAACACUCAGAGGACUCUUACAUGGACAAAAGGACCCCUGUGGGGGUGGAUUAUGUUCGCAGCAGUGUCAUUAUUGAGCCAGAGGGACUGUCCAGAGAAUACACCUACAGUGUGUUCUUCUGCCCAAAUGAGAAAAUACACAUUUCCACACCUAACAAAUAUGAGUACCAGUACAUGCAGAAACCAGCCCAGAUGAGGCACUUUGACAUUGCUGUGAAGGCCCACAACGAUGCCCACCUGGCCCUGUCCUCUGGCCCCCACGACAUGGCAGAGAUGACAGAGAUCGUCAUUGGGGGACAGCAAAACACCAAAACUUGGAUUUCCACCAGCAAAAUGGGAGAGCCAGUGGCCAGCAGGGACACACCUGGCAUCCUCUCCUGGGAUGAAUUCCGCAGCUUCUGGAUCAGCUGGAAAAAUGGAGUUAUCCAGGUUGGCCACGGUACUCGGGUGCUAAACGAAUCUAUUAUUGUGGAGUGGACAGUCCCCAAACAGCUUGAGGUGAAGUACAUUGGCUUUUCCACAGGCUGGGGGUCAAUGGGAGAGUUUAAAAUUUGGAGAAAAGAAGAGACUGAUGAAAAUCACAAUGAAGCAUUUACUCUUGGAGUUCCCCACAACAUAAUUCCAGGAUCAGAAAGAGCUACGGCUUCAAUAAUAGGAGAUGUGAUGGGUCCUACUCUGAACAACCUGGACAACCUGCUGAGGUUGCCCUUUGGCUGUGGGGAGCAGAACAUGAUCCAUUUUGCUCCCAAUGUCUUUGUCCUGAAAUACCUGCAGAAAACCAAGCAGCUCAGCCACGAGGUGGAGGUUGAAGCUACCGAUUACCUUGUUCAAGGCUACCAGCGCCAGCUGACCUACAAGAGGCAGGACGGCUCCUACAGUGCUUUUGGGGAGAGGGACUCAUCAGGGAGCAUGUGGUUAACAGCUUUUGUGCUCAAGUCCUUUGCUCAGUCUCGUGGGUUUAUUUUCAUUGACCCCAAAGAACUCACAGCUGCCAAAGACUGGAUAAUCCAGCACCAGAAAGAAGAUGGUUCUUUCCCUGCUAUGGGCAGGAUUCUAAACAAGGACAUUCAGGGUGGGAUCCAUGGGAAGAUCUCCCUGACAGCUUAUGUGGUUGCAUCUCUUCUGGAAACAGGUGUCACUUCUGAGGAAGAAAGAACAGCUGUUGACAAAGCAAAACAUUUCCUGGAGUCCAACCUGUACUCAGCAGAGGACCCCUACACGACGGCCCUGAGCGCCUACGCCCUGAGCCUGCUGCACAGCCCCUCUGCGGCUGCCAUGCUGCGCAGGAUGAACAGCAUGGCCAUCACCCAGGAUGGCUUUACACACUGGAGCCUCACAGGAACCCUUGUCACUGAUGAAGACACCUUCAUGGGCUUUAAUGAUGGACUCUCCCAAUCAGUUGUUUCUGCAGAAGUGGAAAUGACAUCUUAUGCCCUUCUGACCUACACGCUCCUGGGAGACGUGGCCUCCGCACUCCCUGUGGUCAAGUGGCUCUCACAGCAGAGGAAUGCACUGGGAGGAUUCUCAUCUACCCAGGACACCUGUGUGGCCCUGCAGGCUCUGGCUGAAUAUGCCAUCCUUUCUUAUGUUGGAGGAGUCAACCUGACCAUUUCCUUGGCUUCUACUAACCUGGACUACCAGGAGACCUUUGAGCUUAACAAGAUGAAUAAAAAAGUCCUUCAGACUGCAGUGAUCCCCAGUAUUCCAACAGGGCUGUUUGUGAGUGCCAAAGGUGAAGGCUGCUGUCUGAUGCAGAUCGAUGUCACUUACAAUGUACCUGAUCCUAUUGCCAAGCCAGCCUUCCAGCUCCUGGUGAACCUGAAGGAGCCCAAGGCAGAGCAGCACCUGCAAGCCCCAGCCCCGCUGCGCUCGGGCUCUGCUGCCCAGAACCGCCCUGGAGCCCUGCACAGGGACAGGGCCCUGGGGGACGACGAGGACCCGGCCUCGGACCAGGACCACCGCGAGUACAAAGUCAUCCUGGAGACCUGCACGAGAUGGCUGCACUCUGGAUCCUCAAACAUGGCUGUGCUGGAAGUGCCUUUGUUCUCGGGGUUUCGGGCAGAUAUUGAGAGCCUGGAGCAGUUAUUGAUGAACAAGCAAAUUGGAUUAAAAAGAUAUGAAGUGGAUGGAAGAAAAGUCCUAUUUUAUUUUGAUGAGAUUCCCAGCCAGUGCAUGACCUGUGUGAAGGUCCAAGCUUUCAGAGAGCACAUAGUUGGGAAAACAGCCCCUGUUCCUAUCAAAGUGUACGAUUACUACGAGCCAGCUUUUGAAGCCACUCGUUUCUACAACGUGAGUGAGAACAGCCCCCUGGCCCGGGAGCUCUGCGAUGGCCCAACCUGCAACGAGGUGGAAAGCUCAGCCAGCCAGUGGGUUGGAUUUGUCCACUCUGGCCCUUGCAACAACAUCUUUGGCUGCCUGGAGGAUGAGUACUUCGAGCAGUGCCUGUGCUCGCGGGACUGCGGCUACGACGGGGAGCCCGUCUGCGGCUCCGACGGACACAUCUACCCCAACCACUGCCAGAUGGAGGUGGCAUCGUGCAGGAACAACACCAGGAUAGAGCAGAUGCCCAUGUCUCAGUGUUCUGCCUCCAAGAACUUGCCAGAAGAAAGGGAGACACAUUCCCACACAGCUGAGCAGCCCAGUGUUCCCCAGACUCCAGCAGCUCCCGCGGCCCUGCUCGCCCCGGCAGCCGAGGAGGGGUCCCCCCUGCACACAGACCUGUCCUACUACUCCUACGAGUACGACCCCGACGCCUUCGCCGUGGAAUCCGACGUGUUCGAGGUGGUGGCGGAGCUGAGCACGGCCGGCAGCUCGCGGGACGGGGACGGCGGCCAGGGCGAGGCCGCGCCGGCGGAAUGAAAUACGUAAUUUAAAUAAAGAGAAGAGGCUCAGAAUCGACUCCUGUAUGAGUUUGUUCCUCCAGACGACCUGCUGCAGAACAGAAUCUGAAUGAUGACUACUUCCUGAUGCCCUCAGAACUGUAGGCUUUGCUGCCCCUUGGGACAGAUCUGGAACUCUAAGGGGGACACUCAGCAUUAUUUUUCUGUCCAUUUUCCUGCCUUCUGUGCAUCCUCUUUGGAGCCCUUCCAGUGAUGAGAGACCAAUAUGCUGUGCCCUCUAGGUGAGAAAAGUAGGGGCUGGAAUUCAAACCUAUAGAGCAUUUCCAAGUGUUUUCUCUGCUAUCAGGAUAUUCUGCAAAUGCCAUUUCCUAGCUACACUUAGAAGCUAAGUCCAGGCCUUGUGCUUAGCUGAACUGCUGUUUGAGGAAAGAUGGCUGCGAAGAUUUUUGCUCAAAUUAUAAUAAUAAAAGUCAGUGUGUUUUGCCAAUUAUGACAUAGCAAGAGGCUACUCAUCUUCCCCAGCCCAUCAGUCUGCUGCACCCAGGAAAGGAACACUUCCCUGUGGCUCCACAAUUCAGAGAAACUCUUGGGAGGUACAUUUUACCUGAGAAAACUGAAAUCCACUGCCAGGGCUGAAAGGCUUCAUGUCAGCUGCUCUCUGCAGUCCUCAGGUGGGCGUUUGCAGCCUCAGCAGAGGCAGGGAUGAGGUGGGGGAGCCCUCUUUGUGUUGCACUAUGUGCUGACAGGGGCUGCUCGCAGCCUUCUCAGCCCCUUUCCUCCUCAAAGCCUGGCCUGAAAAUUAACCUGGCUGAGGCACAGCCCUUUUUAAAUGUUUGCCUGACUUCACCAACCUCUUUUAUUUUGCUCCCACUGGCAUCCAGCACAGCAUGUUCUGGUCCUGGUACUCCCUGCCCAGGCCCUGGCUCUGCUGGCAGUACCAAUCCCUGGUGUCACAGGCUGGACUCCCUCGGUCUGACCUGCCCCAAGCAACGUGGCAAAACUUAAAAAGAAAAGCUUUGUGUUUCCAAAAGCGCAGGAGCCAAGAUUUUUGAGUUUCCCUUCCUGCCUGGAGCAGCAUUGUUCUCUUUGGAGGAGUUAUAUGCAAUUGCCUCUUGCAAAAUAGUGUUAAUAUUUUAUCUUCCCACUUCUAUUGUUACCAGGACCCAGAGCAGGGUGGAAACUCCUUUUGAGAGUGUUUAUUGGUGAAUGGAAACGGAAAAAAAAAAGCCCAGCUCCAUUCAUUUUUAAGGCUUGUUUACACAGGAACCAUGACAAGAAUAUAUCCCAGUAUAGACAUUCCAUUCCAGAAUAAAGACAAGUUUAUUCCAGAAAAAUGUCCACAUGGGGACAACCAGGAGGUAAUCCCAGAGGUUGGGCAUGUGUAGUUUCCAGCCCUUUUUGUCUGGGGCCAGACAUUUGCAGAAUGCAGUUGACAUGAUGAAGGUCUGGGUCUCAAAGUUCCCAGAAAUUUCAGAGCUGCCUCGUUGGCAGCUUUGCCAGCCUUCCCUUGUGGCUGCUCCCAGGAUCCUGCUGUGGGCUGAGGGUUCUUGCCCAUGUCUGGGGUGUGCAGGGACAGAUCCUGCCCUCACCCUGGCAGCUGCAUUCCUGCCUGGCAGGUAAAUAAAUGCCUUUAAACUAAAUUCCACCUCCUGCAAGCAACUGUCCUGGCAGGCACUGGCUAUUGUGUACACACACAGGACUGAGUCAAUAUUUAUCCCUGGGUAAAUAACAGGCCUAGUGUGAGCUGCAACAAGAUUUCUUUUUUUUCUUUUUUUUUUUUCCCCCUUUUUUAAAACUCAGAAGUGCACAAUACAAACCCUGCUGUUUGCUGGUUCAGGCUGCAGCUGUUUAGUGCUGUGAGCUGGGAGAAUGAGGCAUUUGGUCACCCUGGUAAUGUCUGUGACUGGCUCCAUCCAGGGGAUGGGACCUUUGCUCUGGAUUCCUCAUUCUCCUGUCCUCAGUCCCUUUUCUGGUUUUCCUUUCCUGGUCUCUCUCACCCCCUGUACACCCAGUGAAUGCUGCUGGAGAGAUAUUUGAAUUUGUUUUAACUUGCUUGGUCCUCUCACAGAUCCUUGGGCACUCAGACCUCCCCCUGGGAUGAGGAGAUGAGGGUGGGGAGUUCCAGCCAAGAAUUAAACCUGCCUUUCUUCACUUUCUUCAGGCUCUGGGACAUGUACUGUCCUAAUUCCAGAUGCAGACAUCCCCCUGGUCCUGCCAGGUAAAUAAUUCCUGCUGGUGGUGCCAGCCCAUCAAUCAGAGCCUUGUCUGAGGGGUCUCUGUGCCAGUGCUUGAGGCAGAGGAGUCUGGCUUCUGUUUUGCAAUUCAAAGUAAAACCAGAGAGCCCUGGACCCUCAGAAAGCAAAGGCAGAGCAGCCUUAAUGUCCUGAGAGCCAGACAGAGCAGGGCAGUGUGUGGGAGGGCAUGGGACAGGAUUUCUGGAUCCUGACUUCACUCCCAGUGCUUCUUCCCAGCCUUGGCACUUCCAGUCCAUCUGCUCUUGGCAGCCUCUGCCUCCCCCCACUUUUGCUACACCAAACCAGCUCCUCUUUGUAGCUAAAAAGAAAAAAGGUGGUUUUAUUUAAGGAAUUGAAUCAAGGAACCUGCAGUUAGACCACUGUGGUUGCCUUUUCCCCCAUCACAGGAAUAAAGGAGGUCUCUGCUCUCUUCUCCACCCCAGCUGAGGGUCCAGAGCUUUCCCCUAUCCCACAUUUGCUGUUCAUGUUUCUAGUAACCAUCAUUAAUUCUUAUCUAGGGAAAAAAACAUCAUAGAUUGUUUUUCCUCCAUUCUUCAACAUCCUGCUUGGAAUACAGAAACUUUAGGUGUGGAUCCCUGGGCAGCACUGGACACAGCACAGCUGUGCAGACUCAAAGCUGUUCACAGGCUUUGGCCCAGUUCUGGCUCUGAAGCUGAUCAGUCUCCCUCCUGUCCCUGAGAGCACAAGGACAUCUCAGGCUUCCACUUUGUGCACCUCAGCAUGUCAGUUUAGGAAGAAGGAUUGGUUUUCAGUUUUUUUCCACCAAGGAAAAGACCAGCUGGGUGCUGGAAAAACCAGCAAGGCCAGCUGCUGCUGCUUUGGGUUGUUUCUGGCUUAGAGACAUUUGCCUCCCUCUGUCAGAGAGAUGCUUCUCCUUUCCUUUUCCUGAUGGUCCCUCACUGCAAAAGAAGAAAAGUGCCAGUGGGUUUUUAAGACACAGAAAUCGCUUCUUCCAUCGAGUUCUGUGACUGAAUAGCUGCAGCAGUGCUAGUUAUCAGUGAUUGAUGCUUGCAAUCCUUUCAAGGAAAUGAAUAUUUAUAUAUUUGUAACUGUACAUUAUGCAGAGUAAUCAUUACCAUGGUAUUUAUUUUAAAGCAAUAGUUCCCCUUGUUCUUUUUUGUCCUGUGUUUUGGUCUUGCCUCUUCCCCUCCCUCUUAAUCAGCCUCAGUAGAAAGCAAAUACCAGAAGAAUGUUCAGCUUGCUUGAGGAACAUCCCCAACACACCAGCAAUUGCUUUGCUCAGCUGACUGUUGACAUUUAAUGAACAAUAACCUGGUUUUCAUUAUUGUGAAUAGAGCAACUAUUUAGAAAACCUCUACCAACCUGGGUUUGGGGCUUUUUUAGUGGCUGCUGUUUCUGAGUGCCCAGAGCCCAGCUUUGUGUUUCCCCUGCCUUUUGCCUCCCCCACACAGGUACACACAAACAGCUCUCUGACCAGUUGUUGGUUUGUUCACACACAUCUUAGCAAGUCUGAGUCCAGAAAAGUGUUUGUUUUAGAUUCUGAUAAAUAUUUUAUUAAAAACCGAUUUUAAGACAA